AUGGGGAGGCUGCUGUGGCUGCUCUGCGUGGCCGUGGGCAGCAGCUGCUGGUGGCUGCGGGGCGCCCAGGGGAAGACGCUGCGGGGCCGCUUCUCCAGCGCGGGGGGCGGGGCGCAGCCGGCGGCGCGGUUCCAGUUCCACGGUGACCAUGCUGUUCUGUAUAUCAGAAUCAACAGUGUAGCAGCAGCUGUUGAAAAAGAGGCCAGACUUCACCUUUUUCAAGCACAGGAAUGGCUAAAGCUGCAGGACAGCACCCAAGAUCACAGCUGUGGAGAGAAACUGUCCAAAGCUCAGCUGACAAUGCCUAUGAAUCUCACAGAGCAAAAUCUGACAGUGACCCAGAUUCCAUAUCCAGAAACGUGGUAUGUGUUUUAUGUAGACAAGUUUACCUGCGAGGAGAAUUAUGAAAAUUCUGAAUCCGAGGAUAUUCAAUUUGAAAUGGUGUUACUAAACCCAGAUGCAGAAGGGAAUCCAUUAGAUCACUUUAGCGCAGGGGAAUCGGGAUUACAUGAAUUCUUUUUCCUACUUGUCCUAGCAUACUUUGUAGCUGCUUGCAUAUAUGCUCAAUCACUAUGGCAAACUCUUAAGAAAGGUGGACCUAUGCAUACUGUCUUAAAGGUGCUAUCAACAGUAUUAUUGUUUCAGGCUGGCUCAGCAUUUGCCAACUACCUGCAUUUCUCAAGUUACGCUAAAGAUGGAAUAGGGGCACCUUUUAUGGGAAGUCUGGCAGAAUUGUGUGACAUAGUCUGUCAGAUACAAAUGCUGUACCUAUUGCUGAGUUUGUGUAUGGGUUGGAUGAUAGGCAGAAUGAAGAAAUCUCAAAGCAGACCCCUUCAGUGGGAUUCCACUCCAGCGUCCACUGGCAUUGCUGUAGUAGUUGUUGUAACCCAGAGUAUUUUACUAAUUUGGGAGCAGUUUGAAGAUACUAAUCACCACAGCUACCAUUCACACCACAGUUUAGCAAGUGGACUUCUUAUUGGGCUAAGAGUUUGCCUAUCUCUGUCAUUGGCCUGUGGUCUCUACCAGAUCAUCAGAGUGGAGAGAAGUACACUCAAAAGGGAGUUCUAUAUCACCUUUGCCAAAGGCUGCAUCCUGUGGUUUUUUUGCCACCCGGGUCUUGCAACCAUUUCUGUGCUAUUUAGAGACUAUCAAAGAGAGAAGGUUAUUACCAUAGGUGUUAUCCUCUGCCAGUCCGUCUCCAUGGUUAUCCUCUACAGACUUUUUCUGUCUCAUAGUCUAUAUUGGGAAGUUUCUUCUCUGUCAUCAGUGACAUUGCCACUGACCGUGGCAUCUGGACAUAAAAGUCGACAUUACUUCUGA